AUGUAUGCUCUUUGUUUACGCAAGUUCGGUCCCCAUCUAUAUAUCCCCUCCUCAAUAUCCUCACUUCGCUCUCCUUAUUUCCUUCCUUUAGUUUGUAAGUUUAUACUUCGUCCCACUUUUUGCUGCAUCUAUUUCGCUCUUCUAAUGGCUCCUCAGCAGAAAGUGGUAUUGAAGGUCAUGACCAUGACUGAUGACAAGUCCAAGAAGAAAGCAAUGGAAGCUGCAGCAGACUGUUACGGAAUCGAUUCGAUAUCGGUGGACUUGAAAGAGCAGAAGAUAACAGUGAUCGGAGAAAUGGACUCGGUGGGACUUGUGAAGAGAUUGAAGAAAGUUGCCAAGGUUGAUAUUAUAUCAGUCGGUCCAGCCAAAGAAGAGAAAAAGGAGGAGAAGAAAGUGGAAAAGAAAGAGGAGAAGAAAGAGGUCCCCAAGGAAGAAAAGAAAGAUGUGAAGAAGGAAGAGAAGAAAUAAGUAAAGCAUAAUGAUUAAUCAAGUUUAGCAAUUAAUUAAGGAGUAGCUGAUUAAGUUGAUGCAGCUGACUGUAGCUACAUGAGAUGUUUGAGAUUUUGUUUUAAUCUUUUAUAUUCCUUUAUCGCACUUAUAUUUACU